AACUAGUUUUGUUCUGUUUUCAGGGGAAGAAACAGUACGUGCCUGUGUGUGUGUGUGUUGGGGCAGGGGACGUCUGUCUUCUCACCUUGUGUCGCUCUGGAAGUUUCUAGGACGAGGAGGUCAGGGCAGUGGCCACCUCUGAUUCGGGGACGCCCGUCUGCGCGUUUCUUUCCCACGCACCCCUUGGCAGCGUCCUGAGAGGACAGAGAGCGAGCGAGGAGCCCCGGAAACGGCAGGAGGACGAGGAGGAACCAGGGGGCCCGGAACGCAGCCCAGGGCCCGGCGUCACCAUGUCCAACCCGUUCCUUAAGCAAGUCUUCAACAAGGACAAGACCUUCCGCCCCAAGCGGAAGUUUGAGCCGGGCACGCAGCGCUUCGAGCUGCACAAGCGGGCGCAGGCCUCGCUGAACGCGGGGCUGGACCUGAAGGUGGCCGUGCAGCUGCCGCCUGGCGAGGACCUGCACGACUGGGUGGCCGUGCACGUGGUGGACUUCUUCAACCGCGUCAACCUCAUCUACGGCACCAUCAGCGACGGCUGCACCGAGCAGUCCUGCCCCGUCAUGUCGGGCGGCCCCAAGUACGAGUACCGCUGGCAGGACGAGCACAGGUUCCGGAAGCCCACGGCGCUCUCCGCCCCUCAGUACAUGGACCUCCUCAUGGACUGGAUCGAGGUGCAGAUCAACAACGAGGACGUCUUCCCCACCAGCGUCGGCACGCCAUUCCCAAAGAACUUCCUGCAGGUGGUGAAGAAGAUCCUGUCGCGGCUCUUCCGCGUGUUUGUACACGUCUACAUCCACCACUUCGACCGGCUGGCGCAGAUGGGCUCCGAGGCGCACGUCAACACCUGCUACAAGCACUUCUACUACUUCGUCAAGGAGUUCGGCCUCAUCGACACCAAGGAGCUGGAGCCGCUGAAAGAGAUGACGGCGCGGAUGUGCCACUGAGGGGCCCUGUCACCCCUCGGUGCCCAGAAGCCCCCCGGGCCUCACCACUCCCCAGGAGGUGCUGCCCGGACUCGCAGAGAUGCGGACGGUGGCCGUUGUUCAACGUCGAUGUCUGAUUCUCCAGCCUGGAUGUCCUGAUGGACUCCGUGUCCGGCUGCCCACCCCUCCGGCACCAGACCAGCCGUGCGGACAGCCCAGGGUGCUGGGCCUGGCUUACUUCACUCCCCGAUGGCCGACUCUGCCGCGAACUUGACCCCAGCCCACCACCCAGCCUCCCUGAGCCUCCCUGAGCCUCCCUGACCCUCGGUCUUCUCUUCGGUCCCACGAGGGCCCAGAGCUUGAAGGAUGGCAUCCUGUGUCUUGUCAGCCAACGGACACACCCACCUUAUUUUUAAACCACUUGCUUCUCGAGAACUGCUCCCAACACCCUCUCGGGAAGUUCUGCCGUACAUCCCUCCACCCCACCCAGACCUACACUGGGAGGCUGCCAGGAUGGCCUGAUAGUCGCUGAUGACCCUGGGCACAUGGGCCCAUCUCCCCAGUGCGGUGAGCAGACUCUGCCCCCCAACACACCCCAGUCUGGGGGUUCCAGAGGCUGAAGCUGGGGGCUCCCAGCAGGAGCCUUUGAGCCAGGCGUCCUCCCCAGCAGCCCUCCAGCCAUCACGGGUCUCUCCUACCAGAGGUACGACUUGGACCCUCAUUCCCGUCCCCUCGUCUCUUCUCCUUCUGGUCCCCAAAAUCACACGGCUCACCCAAGGGUACACGAACCCCCCAGGACCCCUGCCUCCUGGGUCUCGUUGGAAUCCUUGGGCCGAGUCUUUUCCCAAAGGCUCCUCGUGUCAUCAAAGAUCUCGUCUUCCUAUGGUCUCAUUUACAACCAGCUUGAGAUUUUUAAAACAAAGACUCUUUUCACCUAUAAAUGGCAGCCUUCUAGAACAUUCCCCAUGCAUCCUGUUGGCACUUGCUCUCCUGGACUUUGGGCUCCCAGGCUUGGAAUCUUUCCCAUUUUGCUGAACGUCUGGGUGGAAUCGGUUUGUCUUCAGAUACGCACGAAUUUCCCACCAAAACCUUUUGUCUGACGGUCCCCCGAGGUCUUGGGACCCCAGCCCCAAAGCACUGCCCCCAGAGACUGUCGGAUGGUGCAGCCAGGCCCCCCGUUGUACACCUGGAUGCAUGGAAAUGACCAGUAACGCCACACCCUGCCCCCAGCUAAGCCGCUGCCCCUCGCCGCACCCCAGAAUGGUCACCAUCCCUGGAGGGGACCCUCCGGACUUCCCGAACCCCAUGUGAGUCUCUUUCUAGGUGCCCUGGGAACCCCACGCCAUCCCCACCUCUCUCCCCUGGCUCUCGCUGGGAAACUGAGUAAGUGCAAUUAACAAGGACCUCCACCGUCACUGAGAGCCCACCCCAUGCACGCCGGAAACACAUCUUCGGGCCUUGCGGAUGCCACCCGGCUCCAGCCAUGAGAGCUGCUUGGCAGAAAGAGCUCCGGGGCUCCAGUACCUCUGGCCUUCACCAAACCAGGGUCUCUUUUUACUGAAUGUAUUUCCUCUUAAAUCUGAAUCGAUGGGGACCCCAGGACCAAAGCCACCCCUGCCUUCUCGAGGACACUGGACGCUCCAAGCCAUCGGGCCCGACCCUCACCCUCCCCAGACUCACCCCACCCCGAGCCGGGAUGGGAGCACCCCAAUAAAUUGUGUUGUGCUCCCCCCCGGG